AUUUGGACCAAAAAAUGUAUUAAGAGAGAGAAAACCGCGUUUGACCUUGUAAACGCCGUCGUCUCUUCCUAAUUAGUCACCCACUCCAUAGAUCCACGCUUUUUUACUUUAUUAUUCUUCUGUCUACACCAAACAGUAACCGCUGUAAUAAUUUCUUAUUGAAUUCAACUUGCUAAAAACAAAAUAAAAAAUUCUUAUAUGAAUUCAAGACUCGUUCGCACGUAAUCGAAAAUCCCCCAAUAUUAGUCCACUUCCAUCAUUUUUCUUGACAAGCCCACGUUCUGAAAAUCCUUAAUUCUUUUUUUUUUUUCUUUGUGUGUGUUUUCAAUUUUUACCAUUUAUUGUUUUUCUACCAAGUAUUUGUUUCUGCGGCUUGUGAUCUGGUUGGUAUUCGAUGGGAGAUUUAGUGAAGCAGAUCUUAGCAACGCCGAUUCAGUUAACGGACCAAGUGAUUAAGGCGGCGGGAGAGGCGGCGACGUUCAAGCAAGAAUGCUCGGAACUCAAGUCCAAGACGGAGAAGCUCGCCGGGCUGCUGAGGCAGGCGGCGCGUGCGAGCAACGACCUCUACGAGCGGCCCACGCGCCGCAUCAUCGAGGACACGGAGCAAGUCCUCGAGAAGGGGCUCGCCCUGGUCCUGAAAUGCCGCGGCAACGGCAUCGUGAAGCGCGUGUUCACAAUCAUCCCCGCCGCCGCCUUCCGGAAGAUGUCGUCCCAGCUGGAGAACUCCAUCGGAGACGUGUCGUGGCUCCUCCGCGUGUCCGCCACCGCCACCGACAGAGACGACGAGUACCUCGGCCUCCCACCAAUCGCCGCCAACGAACCGAUCCUCUGCCUCAUAUGGGAGCAGAUCGCCAUCCUGUACACGGGCUCCGUCGACAGCCGGGCCGACGCUGCCGCAUCCCUCGUCUCUCUGGCGAAAGAUAGCGUCCGUUACGGAAAGUUGAUCAUCGAGGAAGGCGGGGUCGGGCCAUUGUUGAAAUUAGUCAAGGAAGGUAAAUUAGAAGGCCAGGAAAGCGCGCCCAAGGCUAUCGGACUGCUGGGUAAGGACCCGGAAAGCGUCGAACAUAUGAUCCAAGCCGGGGUUUGCUCGGUCUUUGCUAAAAUCCUCAAAGAAGGCCCGAUGAAGGUGCAGGGUGUCGUCGCUUGGGCAGUAUCCGAACUUGCGGCUCAUUACCCCAAAUGCCAAGAUCUCUUUCUCCAGCACAACACUAUUCGCCUCCUCGUUAGCCAUCUAGCCUUCGAAACCGUGGAGGAGCAUAGCAAGUACACCGUCAUUAGCAAGGCCACUUCAAUGCACGCUGCUGUCGUAUUGGCAAGUACCAAGGGGGGAAGCUACGAGUUGGAUGAAGAUACUAAUCAUAAUAAUAAUACUAUUAAAGCCACCGUACCUCAUCCUCUGGGGGUGAAUAAUAGUAAUAGUAAUAGUAAUAAUCAGAUGUUCAGUGUGGUUGCGAAUACUAUGUCCGCCAAGGGAGCUGGUGUGCAAAAUCAUGCUGUUAAGACCAACGCCAACAACCAUGGUGCGAAGGUCACGAGUUCUGCGCAUCAUCAUCAGCCGAAUCUUUCUCUAUCGGGAGUGAGUACUAAGGCGAGGGAAGUCGAAGACCCGGAAACAAAGACUUAUAUGAAGGCCAUGGCCGCUAGAGCACUAUGGCACCUAGCAAAGGGGAACUCUCCCAUUUGCCGGAGCAUCACAGAGUCGAGAGCGCUUUUGUGCUUUGCGGUCCUUUUGGAGAAAGGCCCACCGGAAGUCCAGUUCAAUUCCGCGAUGGCGUUGAUGGAGAUUACCGCGGUGGCGGAGGAGGAUUCCGAACUGAGAAGAUCGGCGUUCAAGCCCAAUUCACCUGCCUGCAAAGCCGUGGUGGAUCAACUCUUCAGAGUUAUCGAUAACCCGCAUUCGGAACUGCUUGUUCCGUGUGUUAAGUCGAUUGGGAAUUUGGCGAGGACUUUCAAAGCCACGGAGACGAGGAUGAUUAGCCCUUUGGUGAAGCUGUUGGAUGAGAAUGUGGCGGAAGCUGAUGUUUCUAGGGAAGCGUGCAUUGCGCUUACUAAGUUUGCGUGCGUCGAGAACUACUUGCACAUGGACCAUUCUAAGGCAAUUAUCGACGCCGGUGGAGCAAAGCACCUUGUUCAGCUUGUUUACUUGGGGGGCCAAAUUGUGCAGAGCUGUGCGUUGAUUCUGUUGUCGUAUAUCGCUAUGAAUGUACCCGACAGAGAAGAACUUGCAAAAGCUGAGGUACUUGCUGUUCUUGAAUGGGCAUCGAAGCAAUCCUUUUUGAUCCAAAUCGAAACUGUCGAUAAUUUGCUGCCCGAGGCUAAAGGGAAGCUGGAGCUCUAUCAAUCCAGAGGAUCCAGGGCAUACCAUUAAUUAACAUAUAUUAAAUAUUACUGUUCUUGUGUGUGCAAGAUUCAAGAAUCGUGUGUUUUGUUGAGAUUAAGGUUUGUCUCAAUCUUCUUGUUUUCGUAAUCUGUUUUCACUUUUUUCCAUUCAUAUUGAUUAUUGAUUAUUGAUUAUUGAUUAUUGAUUGUAUAUAAUCAUAGUUUGUGUAUGUUUCUUUUGUAACGAAUGAAGCUCAAGAAUUUUUACGUUUACACAUUUGAUUGAUAUGGCGGAAUAUAACGAGACGGGGGGAGUAUAUUUUUUGUGAAGAUUAAGGUUUAUCAAUCUUCUUGUUUUUG